GAUGGCAUCGUCCUCGGAGCAGAUACAAGAGCUACUGAGGGAAUGGUUGUUGCUGACAAGAACUGUUCGAAAAUACACUUCAUUUCCCCGAAUAUCUACUGUUGUGGUGCUGGAACAGCUGCAGACACUGAUAUGACAACUCAGCUGAUCUCCUCCAACCUGGAGCUGCACUCCCUGUCCACAGGACGACUUCCAAGGGUUGUCACAGCCAACAGGAUGCUGAAGCAGAUGCUGUUCAGGUACCAAGGCUACAUCGGGGCUGCCCUUGUGCUGGGGGGAGUGGACGUGACAGGACCUCACCUGUACAGCAUCUACCCCCAUGGAUCCACUGACAAGCUGCCCUACGUCACCAUGGGUUCUGGGUCCCUGGCAGCCAUGGCCGUGUUUGAAGACAAGUACAAACCCAACAUGGAGGAGGAGGAAGCCAAGCAGCUCGUGCGUGAUGCCAUCGCCGCCGGAAUCUACAACGACCUGGGCUCAGGCAGCAACAUCGACAUCUGCGUCAUCAGCAAGAGCAAGUUGGACUUCCUCCGUCCCUACGACGUGGCCAACAAGAAGGGAGACAGGUUUGGUAGGUACAAGUGUGAGAAGGGAACGACUGCUGUUCUCACAGAGAAUGUGGCACACCUGGAGAUUGAGGUGGUGGACGAGACAGUACAGACCAUGGACACGUCCUGAGCCCCCAGAGCCUGUGCUCUCCCAGUGCUCUGCCUGGGAGCUGCCAGCAGCUGGGGCCGAAUAAAGAGGCUCUGGCCAUUCUC